UACUGUAGUCUUUUUGGCUCAGUGGGAUGUAGCGCGAGCGUAACCGUACAUCAUUACACUAAGUCAACGGAUCUGCACCAAUAUUCUAAAGCUAGGUCGUCUACUAAGCUGCCCGUCUGCGCUAAACGCCUUCAUACUCUCGAGCUGCUCGGCCUCGUCAAGUUCCCAAAACAAAAGGAAGUUGGCUUCGUCUACAGGCUCCCCGACUCAAUAGGGCAAGACAAAAAGGGCUUCCCCAUCGAAGACAUGAUUAUCCGUAAGCCGCGGGCCACGAUAUUUCAGUGGGAGCACGACCCGGUCCCGGCACUUGGGCUGCGGUUCAACUUGGCGCGGAAGUUGGUGCAGAGUGUUUCGUUCCUGCAUGCCAGCGGGUGGCUGCACAGGAACAUCAGGACUGAUGAGCUCUAUAUAUUCCCCAAGUCCGGGCCGCGCUGUCGCGGGACUGGGAGAGUAUGGAUUUUGAGAAUCCGUUCCUCCUGGGUUAUCGGUAUUCGAGGCCGGACGGUGUGCGAGAUCAGCAGCAGUAUCAAUCAGCCUAACCAGCAAAUAGUUUACACCACUGCUAAGUAGAUCACCGCCAUUAGUAUCUGAGGUGCCUAUGCCCAUCCGAUCCCAGGAGGGCCAAGCUAGCUUUGAGAACGCCUCGCAGGAUAGAGCAAAUCCCUACAAGGCGCCAGAGCUACAAACUGAGGGGAGGCAUGUUAGGGUUAGGUUUGCUGGAGAAGACAGCGAUCUCAAGAGCCAAGAGGCACACCGCGCCAACUUCGACAUGAAGCACCACCCUUUCAAGCGCGCGUACCCAGACCGACGCUACUGUCACGCCUUCGACGUCUACUCGCUCGGCAUCGCCCUGCUCGAGAUCGGCCUGUGGACGCCGGUCGAAUCACUCUAUGCUGAGGAUAUGCUUGGCCCAAACGACCCUUUCGAUACACGGCGCAAGCUGAUACGCAUAGCGCAGCAGGCGCUGCUAGAUAGAUGCGGUGGGCUUUACACAAAGGUGACGGCCUCGUGUCUUAGUGUGGACCCGGAGGACUCGGAGAAGUCGCUGAUGGAGCAGCGGGAGCUUUGUGCGAGGACUGCGGCCGACCUUGCGCAGUGCCAGGUGUAAUGCUAAUGUUCGUACACUCUGAAGUGCAACUUCAAUUAUAAAGUACAACAUUACCCUUCAUUUUGUGAUAGAUACUUUGAGAGAAAAUAUAUGAUAUUGCAGACAGAGGCUGUGGAAUAUGAGAGGGG